AUGGCUCCAGCAAUGAAGCGUAGAGGCUCCGUCUUCAAUCCUCGUACAGUCACAGCGCCGAUCGCAGCCAUCGUCAUGGCUGGACUUCUCUACACCUACUCGGUCACCUCCAUCCGGGCCGCGAAGAGAAACGCAAAGCUACACAGAGAGGCCGAUGGAGGCCAAUUGGAUAUGCGCAAGGAGAGCCUACGUAGACAUGGUGUCUUGGACCAGGUCGACGGCACCUCGGGCAUUCAGCUAUUCAAGGAGGCAAGGGCGGAUGCUAAAGCAGAAAAUCGAUUCCUCAGUGAGAAGAAAGCGAAGCCAUUGGGAGCGCCACAGCACGAAGAGGUGGGCGCACCUCGUACGGAGAACGAAGGUCGACUCGAAGAAUAUCGCGGCCGCGGCGCUCUCAAGAAACUGAAGGAAGAGCAGGGCAAAUGA